AUGGGCCGGCGACCAGCUUGGGAUCCCACCCAGGGGGCAUGUGUGCUGCCACCCCUAGAGAGCGCCCCCAUGCCUGGGCUGCCGGUCUAUCAGGGGUACUGCUGCCCACACUGCCCGUAUGUAGUAUGGGCCCUGAGUAAUCUACCGAAGCACCAGCGUCGGGCCCACCCAGAGGCCCCCUGGCCCUGCCCCGGGCGGCCACUGGCACCAGAGCCGGGCCUGCCCGAGCUGCUGGCUGUUAGUUAUCAGCAGUUCUUCCCUGCACAGGCGGGCAGCAUCUGGAACCGCCCUAUCCAGAUCCACCUAAAGCCAUCCACCUACCAGCACUACCGCCAGGUGUGGCAGUGCCUGAUCUGUUUCGCCUACCGGACCAGCUGCCCUGACCAGCUGAUUGUCCUCCUCCACCAGCUGACCACCACCCAGCUAGCGGCCCUAGACUAG